AUUCUACCUUCGUCGUCGCUGUCUGGUCGAUAUGUUUGAUUCCUACUUCAUAAUCUUUCUCGAAUGUGUUGUCGUUCUGGUGCCAUUGUACUAUUCACUAGUUGCUGCAAGAUGGAUUGAUCCUUCUCCAAAAGCGAUGCGAGUUCUUUCUACGGCGACGUCGGCUAAGAAACAUAGAGACGUUAAUCCAAAGAAGAUCGAGAUUGACCAUGGAGACUCAGUGUCGCCUAUGGAACCUGACGAAAUUGAAAGGAAAAUUGAGCAUCUUCAGGGUGAAAUUGGCGACUCCGUACUGCAAAAUCCGAGCCGCACUUCGACUUUCAUCCAGACAUAAAGUGGUAUUUUGAAAAACAAUGUACAAAUGGGCGAAGUAAAGAAUUUUGAGAAAAUGUGUGCAUAGUAAAACGAGAC